AUGGCGAGGCUUCUUCGAAAUGCGUCUUCUCUCAGGCGCUCUUUGUUUCCGCAGUUACAGGAAUCCAGGCACGGUAUAUCAAAACCAACCACUCAACUAUGCUACUUUGCGACCAAAGGUAAAAGGAAAUCAAAGUCAGAUUCAAGUGAUUCUGGUGAAGAGAAUAUGUCCCCGAAAGAUUUGGCCCUCAAGCUAGCUAUCGAUCAGAUUACCUCAUCAUUUGGAAAAGGAUCCAUCAUGUGGCUUGGUAGGUCAGUUUCUCCAAGGCAAGUUCCUGUGGUGUCUACUGGAUCGUUUGCUUUGGAUAUUGCACUAGGAGUAGGAGGACUUCCAAAGGGACGAGUGGUUGAGAUAUAUGGUCCAGAGGCAUCUGGGAAAACAACUCUUGCUUUGCAUGUGAUUUCUGAGGCACAGAAACAAGGAGGUUACUGUGUCUUUGUUGAUGCUGAGCAUGCUCUUGAUCCGUCCCUAGCCGAAGCAAUAGGAGUGAAUACUUCAAAUUUGCUUCUUUCACAGCCAGAUUGUGGUGAGCAAGCUCUUAGCCUUGUGGAUACUCUAAUCAGGAGUGGUUCAGUUGAUGUUGUUGUUGUGGAUAGUGUAGCUGCCCUGGUCCCCAAGGCUGAACUUGAUGGUGAAAUGGGAGAUGCGCACAUGGCCAUGCAAGCUAGAUUGAUGAGCCAGGCACUACGCAAAUUGAGCCACUCUUUAUCUCAAUCACAGACAAUCUUAAUCUUUACAAAUCAGGUGAGAGCGAAAUUAUCCACUUUUGGAGGAUUUGGUGGCCCUGUUGAAGUUACCUGUGGUGGUAAUGCCCUGAAAUUUUAUGCUUCAGUACGUCUGAAUAUUAAGAGAAUAGGGCUAGUCAAGAAGGGAGAUGAGACUAUAGGAAGCCAAGUUCUUGUGAAGAUUGUAAAAAACAAACAUGCACCUCCAUUUAAAACUGUUGAAUUUGAGCUUGAAUUUGGAAAGGGGAUUUGUAGGGUGGUGGAGAUCAUAGAAUUGGGAUGCAAACACAAUUUGAUCAAGAAAGCUGGCGCAAUGUAUUAUGUAAAUGAUCAGAUUUUUCGUGGUAAGGAUGCUAUUAAAAGAUACUUGUCUGAAAAUGAAAGUGCACAGGAAGAACUUAUGGUUAAAUUGAGAGAGAAGCUUAUUGAUGUGCGACCAGACCAGGAAAAUAAGUCCGAUGUUGGGGCUAUUGGGGGAAACUCCAUGGAGGAGGUUGUAGAUGAGGAAAAUAAGUCCGAUAUAGGGGCUAUUGGUGGAGACUCCGUUGAGGAUGUCGUUGUGUCUGACAGUACCGAUGAAGAAGUUACUGCCGUUGAGGUACAAGUGUGA